CUAGUGUAUCGGAUCCUACCAUGUAAACCUGAGUGAUAAACGAGGAAUGGAACUAUAAAAAUAUUAUGACAUCAAUCACUUAGCAAAACCAAAAUUAAAAAAAAAAGAUAUCAUUCUAUUUUGAUAAUUGAUUAGCUGUAAGCCACUAAUGGACCCUUUUGUCUCCUUCGUUGGAGCCUGGAGAGAAAUCCAGGAUGGUUCACUUUUCUGCUGUGUCUGAUGUGAAACCAAAGAAAGAAAAAAAAUAUCAAUGUAUUUCUUGCUGGUAGUAUAAGAAAUUGCCUUUGCAAACAUUUAAAUAUUGGCACAUAUUUUUUUGAGAAAUUUCUUGCUUUUUACUUUUUAAAUUUUCUUUUUUUCUCAACUAACACUUAAGUAUGGCAAUUUAUUUCGCACGCUGAGGUUUUCAAGAAGUUCCCAUCAUCGGCUUGAAUAAGAAAGUCCGACAACUUGUAUAGUACAGCCAUCCGCCUAGAUUUUCAAACCCAAUACUAGUUUUGCAAUAUCUUAAUCAUCUGAGGGGCAAACCAUAAAACUUGAUCACAUCCAAAAGGUUUGACUAUGGAAUACAUUCAAAACCUCACAUGUCAGCUAACCUGAAUUUUUCUUUGUUCUUCUUCCUUACCUUCCCAAAUCCAAAUCCCCACCCUGUUUCAUGUAACUUAUCAAACCUGAAUUCUCCCAUGAUAGAGAGGCUCUUCAGGUUUUUGCUUUUGCUGCAAUGAAGAAACAACCAAAGCCUCUCUUUUUUAUUCUUUUGUUCAUAAUCCUGUUUUCUCAGUCUGUUUUAUCUGUUGAUUUUGUCUUCAACGGAUUCAAUUCAACUAAUCUUUUACUCUAUGGUAUUGCCAAUAUAGAUUCCAGAAUUCUUACACUCACGAAUGAGACAUCUUUUGUAGUUGGUCGAGCUCUUUACAGAUCAAAAAUCCCAACAAAAACUCCAAAUUCUUCUCAUGCCCUUCCUUUUUCUACUUCUUUUAUCUUCUCCAUGGCUCCUUCCAGGAACAAGGAUACUCUUCCAGGGCACGGCCUAGUUUUUAUCUUUACACCAAAUACAGGCAUCAAUGGAACAAGCUCAUCUCAACAUCUAGGACUUUUCAACCUCACCAACAACGGCAAUCCUAAAAAUCAUGUCUUUGGUGUCGAAUUCGAUGUUUUUGCUAACCAAGAAUUUGAUGACAUAGAUGACAACCAUGUAGGAAUUGACAUUAACUCCCUCAAGUCGGAAAGCUCCCACACGGCUGGUUAUUGGCCUGACAACAUAAAGAGCAGCAGCAACAGCAAUAAUAGUAAUGGUGAUGAGCAGGCUUUUAAGGUAGUGAAGCUGAAUAGUGGUAAGAACUAUCAAGUUUGGAUUGACUAUGCUGAUUCUGUUAUUAAUGUUACUAUUGCCCCGGUAGAAAGUAAAAGGCCUAAGCGCCCGUUGUUGAAUGUUUCUUUGAAUUUAUCUGAUGUUUUUGAGGAUGAAAUGUAUGUUGGAUUCACUUCAUCAACUGGAAGACUGGUUGAAAGUCAUAGGAUUUUGGCUUGGAGUUUUAGUAACUCAAAUUUUUCAUUAAGUGAAAGCUUGAUCACUACUGGUUUACCGUCAUUUGCUAUUCGGAGGACUCCAUUUUAUAAGCAUAGAUCUUUUAUUGCAGGAGUAACACUGGGAAGUUUCUUUAGUCUUGUUUUUAUUGGUCUGUUUUCUCUGUUUUUGAUUAAGAGGGAAAGGAGGAGAGCAAGGGACAGAGCAGAAAUGGAAGACUGGGAAUUUGAGUAUUGGCCACAUAAGAUGACAUUUCAAGAAAUUGAUGCAGCUACCAAGGGAUUUUUGGAGGAAAAUGUGAUUGGAGUUGGAGGAAAUGGAAAGGUCUAUAAGGGUGUUUUAUCAGGAGGGACUGAGAUUGCCGUAAAGCGCGUUUCACAUGAAAAUGAUGGAAUGAGAGAAUUCUUGGCAGAGAUUUCAAGUCUUGGUCGGCUAAAGCACAGGAGCUUGGUGGGUUUGAAAGGUUGGUGCAAGAAAGAAAAAGGGACAUUCAUGUUGAUCUAUGAUUAUAUGGAAAACGGAAGUUUGGACAAGAGGGUUUAUUAUGACUGUGAUGAGAGCAAGAUGUUGAGUUAUGAGGACAGAAUUAGAAUCUUGAAGGAUGUUGCCUCAGCAUUAUUAUAUUUACAUGAGGGAUGGGAAGCUAAGGUUCUACACAGGGAUAUUAAGGCCAGCAAUGUAUUGCUUGAUAAGGAUAUGAAUGGAAGGUUAGGAGAUUUCGGAUUAGCCCGGAUGCAUGGGCACAGCCAAGUGGCUAGCACAACGCGUGUGGUUGGAACCGUUGGUUACUUGGCCCCUGAGGUGGUUAGGAGUGGACGAGCAUCAACAAAAACUGAUGUAUUUGGUUUUGGGGUCUUGAUUUUGGAGGUCAUGUGUGGGAGGAGGCCUAUAGAGGAAGGGAAGCCACCUUUGGUAGAUUGGGUAUGGCAGUUGAUGGUGCAAGGGGAAUUACUUGCCGCAGUAGAUGCAAGGUUAAGGGCUAGUGGAGGAUUUGACGAGGAAGAGGUGGAGAAGGUGCUGCAUUUAGGCUUGUUGUGCUCAUAUCCUCAUCCUGAUUCGAGGCCAACCAUAAGGCAAGUAGUCAAAGUCUUAGAGGGGAAGAAUGAGCCAUUUGAAUCAGAAACCGAGGAUAUGGAAGCAUAUUUGCUGGCAAAGGUGAAGUCCAGGGAUAUGUGGGCUAAUUACGCUCAAAAUUUUGGCAAUGCAUCACACCCCACAUUCGAUGAUAUUCGGCAGUCACAUUACUCUUCCAUGUCUCUCUCUUGGACGAAUACUAUAGUGGAAGGUAGAUAAUCCUGCAUCAUUUCUACAAUGAGAGCCACUUUUGCUUGUACUGAUUUUGAUGCACCUUGGAUAGCAGAUUUGUACAAUAAUGAAUCAUGCUCUAGAAAGAAUGCGAGAUGAAAGAACAUCAUCAUUAGGUGGGGAGGGCCUUUUCUUUGUUGUUUUUGCACCUUUAUAUUAGUUUUUUUUUUCUUUUUGCAUUCUUUCAUGUCCGUUGAGGUUGGGUCUUAUAGAA